CACAAUUUACGAUGGCGCCUCCCGGAGAUUCACCCAAACCCUUCCACCUUUUUGGCAAUCUUUUUCUGGAUGACCCGGAAACCUAUCUUGAAGAGCAUAGAUUGGCAGAGCUGAAAACACUCCAGCCACACUUCGACAGAUUGGCUGCACAGCAACAAGCCAGAACCAAACUUUCUCCUCCAAGCUCAUGGGAUUAUGGUCGUGAAUUUCUGGCCAUGGCAAAAGAGGAAGUAGCGGAAUGGGAGCGUCAUGGUGUCGCCCGCGACCCUACCUUCUUGGUCCCAGGUCAAGUAUAUUCGACCAGACCGAAAACUGCUGGCUGCUCCUCCUAGGAAGCCCGAAUGGGAAGAAUUCUUUGUUCGUCCAGCACAGGACUGCAUUAAUUUGCCUAAGAUUGUUAGGAUAGUAUGUCGACGCUGCCGGAGUCAAAAAUUUGAUGAUCACAAGCCACGUUGGACUCGUCAAAUAACCCCGCGUUACAUCCUUCGAAGACCAGGCUGUGGUAAUUGCCAUCAGAAAAACACCAAUUGGCGUCCUGAAGAUCCAUCAGUCAUGUUUAUUGAUCCAUCGCAUUUAUCGAGAAAGCGGUCAUGUCUGAAGGAGAAUCCAGCCUUCGAUCCAGCUGAUGUUAUACAGCACCCUGACUGGUAUUUUCCUGGGUCUAGCGAAACCUAACCACGGUAGUUAUUGCUCUGGAAAAACCUGUUACUGAACUUGCCAACGGCCAGAGAGGGAGUUGCAGCUGACUAUGUAUUAUUUCUUCGAAGAUCUGAGGGCACGUCCGAUGUUGACCAGUAAUUUAAGCCAAUUAAAUAGCUACUAUAUGCAGUAGACAUAUCAAACGCAUGAAAGAAAAAAAAGUGGAAAUCAAAGUACUGAGAGCU